CUGUGGUGAAAACGGAAAAAUUGUAGCCUUUGAUGAUUUCAACUGUGGAACAAAAACAGCCACGGUAACAUCGCCAACAACAAUGGCAUCGUCAACAACAAUGGAACCACUGACAACAACAGUGACACCAUCAUCAACAACAGUGACACCAUCAACAACAACAGUGACACCAUCAACUACAACUCCAAAACCACCCACAACCAGGACCACGAGAGUAACCACUUCUACAGGUAUAAUAUUAAUAACACAUGGAAUUGGCGUCUUGGGGCAUCUAAAGGUAAGACAGAAAGAUCAAGAUGUACCUGAUAUUCUUAACACAGCAUCAAGUAAGUGAAUUUUUCAGCAUUUUGAAUAUCUGGCCUGAAAAGUAUCAAUUGCAAUGCGUUUUAUUUGUCUUUCUCUUUAGGUAUAUAUGAAGUACACUCAGUUUUUGUAAGAAUCUGAACAUCGCGUAGUCAUAACUUGAUGUUCAUAUUUCAUUUGAGCCCCCAUUGUCCUGUAUCGUCCUGCCCUGUCCUGUUGUACAUUGUACUGUCGUUGUGUAAUGUCAUAUCAGUAUAUUGUGGGAUGCAGUAUGAUGUCGGAGUAUGUAUGUAAGAAGAUGAU